AUGUUAUUUAUUUAUAGCAGUUUUAUUUUGUUGAUUUUGGCUGGAUCUCUAAAUGCUUCUAGAAAUGAAAUAGAAGAAUUAUUGGAUGAAUUUAAUCAAGGUAAAGCAGGAAGAGAAAUUAGAGAACAAUCACGAGCUGUUACUCCUGUCCCAGAUCCGUGUGAUCAGCAUGUUUGUGGGUGGGGAAAGGAAUGUGUUGUUGAUAAAAAAGGACGUCCAGUCUGUGCUAGUAAUAAUCAAACAUUUGCUUCUCUUUGUCAUCUUUAUCGGUAA